CCGUGAAGCGACGUCAUAGGCAACCUGCACGCGCACUUUGCAAUCCCAUCCAUGCCUCUUUGUUUGCGCGCCCGCAAGCUCAGUCGCAAUGGCCCGACCGAAGCGCGGCGCAAGUAAGAAGGGGGAGCCAGACAUAUACGGGGAUAUGCUGGCGGAGGCCGGAGUGUCCGCUCACGCAAGCACAAGUGAGCGCCCCUUGAAGCGCCGGCGUGCAGGGCCCAAGACGGACGAUGAUGAUGGGGAGAUCAAGGACGUUACAUCGUCGCCAGCUCAGCCAGCGGAGCAGAAAAGUCCCGGUGUGAAGCAGGACGAUGCGCCAGCACCUAUGGUGCAGACAAUGGAGCGGGAAUCGGAUGAUGAUGAGGACGAGGACAUGGAAUUUGAAGACGUGGAAUUCGAGGCCUGGCUGCAAGGCGAUGCGAAACCGUUGCUGGAGCCACAAGCGCCACAAGAUCUGGAAUUGAAUCUCACUGCAGCCAUGACGCCCGUGAAAAGGCAGAUUGAACGUCGCAAACCAUUAACGAGAGAAGAAAAGGAGCGACGAGCGCAUGUUCACCAGAUGCAUCUGCUUUGCCUGCUCUCUCACGUCGCGCGACGGAAUCACUGGUGCAACGAUCCCAAGGUACAGCAGUCCUUGCGAGCGCAUCUUCCGGAGAAGCUUGUCACGUUGCUCAAUCCGAGCCCGAACUUGUCGCAAUUCGGUCGGACGGAGAGCCUGAAAAGAGGGCUGGGCGAGUUGGACAAGCUGUGGAAGGCCAAAUUUGAGAUUACGGAACGAGGCAUGCGGAGGGCGCUCUGGGCCGAGGACGUGAACCAAUUACAGGAUUAUGAACUGCCAGAAGACAUGGAAGUCUGCCAUGAUCGGGAGGAUUUUCGCGCGGCGGCGAGGACGCUGCAAGGCUCGAGAGACGUUGGAGCUCAACUCUACUGUGCGCUCCUCCGAAGUGCCGGCGUCAGGGCGCGACUUGUCUGCUCGCUGCAGCCAUUGGCAUGCAUUUCGGGAGCCCCAGCCUUGCCCAAGCCCAAAAAGGGCCCCGCGACGACAAGUCUGUCAAAGGAAGACAGGGUGCGAGCUUCAAUGGCGAACCACGAGAAGAUGUCAAAAGCUGCGCGAGACGAGAUCACCGCUGCGGCAGGGAGUCCCACGGCUCGACGAAGACUGGGUCAUCCAGGGGCUGCGUCCUUCAACUUUGAGAGUCGAGCUGGGCGGUCGCAAGAAAAGUCGAAGAGCUCCAAGGUCAAGACUCCCAGGAUCAUACGCGAAUCACCGUAUCCGAUCUACUGGGUGGAGAUUCUGGAUGUUGGGCACCAGAAGUGGCAGCCUGUGGAUGCGGUGGUCACACACACGUUUUGGAAACCAAAGGCCAUGGAACCACCCAUCACGGACAAGGAGAAUGUGCUGUCGUACGUCGUUGCCUUUGAAGGCGAUGGCACGGCACGGGACGUCACGCGACGCUAUGCCAAGGCGUACACGGCGAAGACGCGGAGACUACGGGUGGAAACCAAUGUGCAAGGCGGUGACCGCUGGUGGCGCAAAGCCAUGAGGUCGUUUCGUCGCAAGAGACCCGAGAAUCUUGAUCAGAUCGAGGACCAGGAGCUGGCGGGCGCAGAAGCGCGUGAGCCUAUGCCACGCAACGUGCAGGACUUUAAGGACCACCCUGUCUACGCGCUGGAGCGCCAUCUACGGAGGCAUGAAGUCCUCCUGCCGGACGCUACACCGUCAGGUACGGUGGCUGCAGGGACAAAAGGUCCGCUGGAGAAGGUCUACAGGAGGAAGGACGUGCGCGUAGGCAAGACGGCCGACAAGUGGUACCGCAGUCAGGGGCGCGAGGUGAGACCACUGGAAAUCCCUGUCAAAUGGCUACCCAAACGCGCACGACCGCGGGGUCGCUUUGGCGGCAUGGACGAUGAUGAGAACGAUAACGACGACAAUGAUGAUGGAGGAGAGAAUGGCGUGCCGAUAUUCACGCUUGAUCAGACAGAGCCCUACGUACCGCCAGCCGUGAGGAACGGAAAAGUCCCCAAGAACAAGUUUGGGAACAUUGACGUCUACGUCCCAAGCAUGGUCCCCAAGGGCGCCGUGCACUUGCGGAUGGAAGAGGCCGCAAGAGCGGCGCACAUUAUUGGGGUGGACUACGCGCCCGCCCUCACCGGAUUCUCCUUCAAGGGUCGGACCGGUACGGCUGUGCUCACGGGCAUUGUGGUCGCAGUAGAAUACGAGGAAGCCAUCCUUGCUGUGAUAGAGGGACUCCGUGACCUCGCAGAUGAGGCAGUGCAAGAGCGCAAGCGUCUGGUUACGAUGCGCUGGUGGCGCCGCUUCAUCAUGGGGCUGCGGAUACGGGAGAGGGUGUGGGCGGGUGUAAGCGAGGAGGAAAGGCGGGAGGCGGAGAGGGAUGCUGUGAUGAAUGCUGAGAUGGACGAAGAGAUGGCGGACGAGGAGAGCGAUGUGACGGAGGAGUUUGACAUGGAGGUGGAUGGCGAUGGCGGUGGGGGGUUCCUGGUGGGCGAUGAUGAGGGGGGAGGGUUUAUCCCGUGA